UGAAGGCAGUCUGCACAGCAGAGACUCUUAACAGGAAUGAAUGGAUUUUCUCCAGCACGAAUGAAAGAAAUCUGACUUAAUACAGAUGCUAUAAAAGGACAUAAUGUGUGGCCAAAGACUGAAGAGAUCUGUGACUUUUUGGACACUUGUUUUCAUACGAACAGUUACUGGACUUGCCGGAGAUGGAAGAUCUGUGUGGAAAAAAGACCUUAGCCUCAGUCCUGUGAGUGGUACUCAGAUGUUUCUAUAUGACACUUUUCCUAAAGAGUUUCUUUGGGGGGUAGGGACUGGAGCAUUCCAGGUGGAAGGCAGCUGGAGAAAAGAUGGAAAAGGACCCUCCAUAUGGGACCACUUCAUCCAUUCAGAGUUCACAGACGCUGCCAACACAGCUGGCUCCAGUGACAGCUAUGCAUUUCUGGACAAAGACUUGUCAGCUCUGGAUUUCUUGGGGGUUACAUUUUAUCAGUUUUCAAUUUCAUGGCCAAGGCUCUUUCCCACUGGAAUGGUAGCAACUCCUAAUGAAAAAGGACUCCAGUACUAUAGCUCUCUAAUUAAUGCUCUAGUUCACAAAAAUAUUAAGCCCAUAGUUACUCUGUACCACUGGGACUUACCUUUAACACUGCAAGAAAAAUACGGGGGAUGGAAAAAUGAAUCACUAAUUGAAAUCUUCAGUGACUAUGCAACCUUUUGUUUCCAGACUUUUGGGGAUCGCGUUAAGCAUUGGAUUACAAUCCACAAUCCUUAUUUAGUUGCUUGGCAUGGGUAUGGUACAGGUAUGCAUGCACCUGGAGAGAAAGGGAAAAUAGCAGCUGUCUACUCUGUAGGACACAAUCUGAUCAAGGCUCAUGCAAAAGUUUGGCACAACUACAACAGACACUUUCGGUCAUAUCAGCAGGGUGUUGUGUCCAUAGUUUUAGGAUCCCACUGGAUUGAACCCAACAGAUCACAAGAUGUUCUGGACAUUAAUAACUGUCAGCAGUCAAUGGAGAGAGUACUUGGAUGGUUUGCAAAGCCAAUACAUGGGGAUGGUGAUUACCCGGAAGAGAUGAAAAAUAAACUGCACUCAUUUUUGCCCAGCUUUACUGAGGCAGAAAAAAACUAUGUAAAAGGAACAGCUGACUUCUUUGCAUUUUCCUUUGGUCCUAACAAUUUUAAACCCCCAACCACGCUAGCUAAAAUGGGACAAAAUUUGUCACUUAAUUUAAGGGGAGUUCUGAAGUGGAUUAAACUGGAAUACACCAACCCUAGGAUCUUGAUUGCAGAGAAUGGUUGGUUCACUGACAGCCACGUGAAAACAGAAGACACCACGGCCAUCUAUAUGAUGAAAAACUUCAUUAAUAAAGUUUUACAAGCUAUUAAAUAUGACGGUAUCAGUGUGUUUGGUUACACUGCCUGGUCUCUCCUUGAUGGGUUUGAAUGGCAACAUGCCUACAACACUAGACGUGGAUUAUUUUAUGUAGAUUUCGAUAGUGAGCAGAAAGAAAGGAUUCCUAAGUCAUCUGCACUUUAUUACAAACAAAUAAUUCAAGAUAAUGGAUUUUUUCUGAAGGAGUCUCCCCAGGGGCUACAAAGUCAAUUCUCCUGUGACUUCUCCUGGGGUAUCACAGAGUCUGUUCUUAAGGCUGAGUUGGUAGCUUCCUCUCCACAGUUCUGUGAUCCCAACCUGUAUAUCUGGAAUGUCACUGGAGAUGGGCUUCUGCACCAAGUUAAAGGAGUGAAGCUGAAAACACGACCAGCUCAAUGUACAGAUUUUGUUAGCAUUAAGAAACAACUUGAUCUCCUGGAAAAACUGAAAGUCACUCAUUAUAGAUUUGCACUUGAUUGGUCAUUAAUUCUACCCAAUGGAGAUUUGUCAGCUAUCAAUAGGCAAGUGCUAAAAUAUUAUAGAUGUGUGAUUAGUGAAGUACUGAAACUCAAUAUUAAAUCUAUGGUAACUUUAUAUUAUCCAACUCACGCCUACUUGGGCCUGCCUGCUCCUUUAUUGCAGGGAGGAGGAUGGCUAAAUCAGUCUACUGCCCAGGCCUUUCAAGAUUAUGCAGCUUUAUGUUUUCAGGAACUCGGUGAUUUGGUAAAAUUAUGGAUUACAAUAAAUGAGCCGAACCGACUAAGCAACAUCUAUAACAGAAGUAGCAAUGAUACCUACCAGGCAGCACACAAUUUACUGCUAGCACAUGGCAUGGCCUGGCAAAUCUAUGACAAGCAAUAUAGGUCCAUUCAGCAUGGCCAGGUGUCCCUCUCUUUGCAUUCAGAUUGGGUUGAGCCUGCCAAUCCCUAUUUUGAUACUCACUUGAAAGCAGCUGAAAGGUUUCUUCAGUUUGAGAUAGGUUGGUUUGCAGAUCCAGUUUUCAAGAGUGGGGAUUAUCCAGCAGCCAUGAGGGAAUAUAUUCUCUCCAAAAACAAAAAAGGCCUCUCAGAGUCUUUCUUGCCAUAUUUUACAAAUGAAGAAAAGAAACUCCUUAGAGGCUCAGCUGAUUUUUAUGCUCUGAAUCAUUUCACCACAAGAUUCGUGAUCCAUGAACUUCAAAAUGGAAGCCAGUAUGAGUUUGAUCGGGAUGUUCAGUUCCUACAAGAUAUCACCUGUCUGAGUUCACCAUCUCGCUUGGCAGUGGUGCCUUGGGGAAUUCGCAAAGUUCUACAAUGGAUUAAAAAGAACUAUGGUGACAUAGAUGUUUACAUCACAGCAAAUGGGAUUGACGACCAGUCUUUGGACAAUGAUGAACUUCGAAAUUAUUACUUAAGAAAAUAUACACAAGAGGUUUUGAAAGCAUAUCAUAUAGAUAAAGUCAAAAUUAGAGGCUAUUAUGCUUUUAAACUGACAGAAGAAAAACUGAAACCCAGAUUUGGAUUCUUCACUUCUGAUUCUAAGGCCAAGCCUUCUGUACAAUUUUAUAACCACCUGAUUAGCAGCAAUGGCUUUCCUGCAGAGUAUUCAACCUGCGAUCAAACAAAUGAAAAAACACAGUGUACCUUCUGUUUAUUUCUUUCACAGAAAAAGCCACUGAUAUUCUUUGGCUGCUGCCUUUUUUCCACACUUAUUUUGCUUUUAACUAUUACCAUUUUUCACAAGAGAAAAAGGAAAAAACGUUAUAGGCCAAAAAAAUUCCAGUACAUCUGUGUUCCAUUUAAAAAAAGGACACAAAACCACAUUUAAUUAAACUCAUCACUGUUUUCUCUAUAAUAGAGACGGGACUCUUUUUGAGAAGCACUAUGUGAGUCACUCCAGAUAUAUGAACCAAGUAAUAUUCAGUGGAGGAAUGGAAAACAAUAGCACAUACAUUAAAAGGAAAAAACCCAAACCAACCUGUGAUGAUGAUGUUGAAAUUAUUUUAUCUGGCUUUUGAAGCAAAGUAAAUGGUCUCUCCCUGUGCGUUGGAAUGAUCUUUAAACUAAUUUGACUUGAAAAGUUAUUAAGCUGUGAGAACUGAUGUGCACUUUUAUAUAAAUGUCUUUGGACUAGAACAUUUUAUGAUGGAUGCCAAGAUAUUUUUGUGCCAUUGUUAAGUAUGAAUUGGCAGCUGUCUAGGUUUGCAAAUGUAAGAAGUUAAAAAAAAAAAAAAUCAGACCAAUUCAACACCAAGGAUUAAAUGUUCUGGGGAAGAUUUUGUUCUCAGUUGCAAAGAUAAAUACAAGCAACUCCCUCAUUAUUUCAGAUACAUUGCAGGUGCAACUGAGAUCCGUCUUGGACAGCUUAUUCUAAAAAUAAGGCAAUAGGCCGCCUAGAAGCAUCUGGGGAGAGGCAUCAGAAUAUGCAAUCACUACCUGUUUCGCCCCACUAGGUAGGAACAAGAAAAAAAAAACCCCAAUCAUACACAGAUUUUUAUUACUGAAGAACAUCAAGAUAAGGUAUGGGUGGUAAGCUACCACAGACCAAUAAAAUGCACAGUUGCAAAUUGUAUUUAUUUCCAGGAAAAAGUGCAAAGUAUGUGAAGCUCUAGUACUCCUAGUACAUUGUUAACACAGACCUCAGUGUUGCAAAUAUUGGGCAGGCCCUAUUCUAAAGAUAUACGAGAUCAAUUUGUUUAGAAAUGUCUAUUCUCCAAAGAAUUGUCUGUAUACGUAUAUUAUUAAAGUGACAUUUUCAGAGUCUAUGAAAGGUUUGUCCCUUAUUUUCAGUAUAACUAGCAAAGAAACAUUUUG